AUGCGUAACCUGGGCAUUGCCGUCGAGGGCGAUGCGACCGAUCAGAAGGAGGAUACAAAAACGUCAAAGGCGCACAAGCGUCACCAAGAUCGGGUCGAAAGAGAGAGGCACAAGCCUCCGUCCUGUUUCCGGGCGAACGCCGAAGGCGGUGAACAGAUCCCCCUCGUGGGCAGCCUGCUAGAUUGGCGGGCCACCAGGAAUCGCACAUACGCCAAGUCUGUUGUUGGCACCAGUCAGUACAUGGCUCCUGAAGUGAUCGAGGGGAAGAGAUAUGAUGGAAGAUGCGACUAG